AUGAAAUAUUUAAAGUUUCGCCCGCGAGGUUUGCGUUACACUCAUCGCUUUUGCUCUGCUGUUCGCGCAUGUCUGAUGCCUUCUGCGACUGAAUUGAAGGAUAGAGGGAAUGCAUUCCUCCAACAGGGCAAGUACGACAAUGCUAUCGACUGCUACACCUCUGCUAUAGAAUUGGACCCAAAGAAUCAUGUCUUGUACAGUAAUAGGUCUGCUGCUUAUGCUAAAGUUGGACAGUACGAAGAUGCCCUCAGAGAUGCCGAGGAAUGCGUCAAGCUGAAUUCUACUUGGGCGAAGGGGUAUUCGCGUAAAGGAGCAGCUCUUGAGUUUUUGAAGAGAUUUUCUGAGGCAGAGGAAGCUUACCUGAAAGCAUCGAAGCUGGAUCCAAGCAACGUUUCUAUUUUUGAAAGUCUUGCUAGUGUUCGGGCUCGCGUAGCCUUAAAGGAUCUAAAGAAUCGUGUUCAAGCCGAUCAAACACUGAAAGAUCUCCUGAAUGAUCCUGUGUAUGUACGUAAUCUUGAACUGCUUGAGAAGAACCCCGAGAUGUUAGGCUUAUUGAUGAAAGAUCCGAAAAUUAUGAAAACGAUAACUACACUUUUCCGUGUCGAUGAACCUAUGGACACGGAGCCGUCGGAAUCUCCCAGUCCUUCACCAUCACCGCCGCAGAAGGAUGCACCACCUGCACCGGAAAUGACAGAUGGGGAGUGUGCUGCAUUGAAGGAGAAGGAGCUUGGCAACGCAGCAUAUAAGAGUCGAAAUUUCUCAUCUGCUAUUGAGCACUAUGAAAAGGCGUUCCAACUGAAUCCGAAAGAUAUCACUUUUUUAACGAACAAAUCUGCGGUUUACUUCGAAAUGGGGGAUUAUGCUGAGUGUAUUUCCACUUGCGAGAAGGCGAUCGAUUUGGGCCGUGAUUUGCACGCUGAUUACAGGUUGAUUGCGAAGGCGUUGUCUAGGAUUGGUCAUUGUUAUGAGAAACAGGAAGACUGGGUAAAUGCUAAGAAGUAUUACGAUAAGGCCCUGUCCGAGCAUCGGGCUCCAGAUAUCAUCAAGAAAAGUCAGGCGUUGGACAAGAAAUUGAAGGAGAUGGAGAAGCAGGCUUAUAUCAAUCCUGAGCUUGCUGAGCAGGAGAAGCAGCUGGGAAAUACGGCCUUCUCGAGUGGUGAUUUUCCAACAGCAAUGAAGCACUACUGUGAGGCGAUAAAGCGGAAUCCUGAUGAUCCUAAACUAUACAGUAAUCGCGCUGCCUGCUACUCGAAGCUGAUGGAAUUUUCAUGUGCUUUGAAGGAUUGUGAGACAUGUAUAACACUGGAUCCUAAAUUCAUUAAGGGUUAUCUACGAAAAGGUGCUUGUUUGAUGGCAAUGAAAGAUGUUACACAGGCCAGAAGCGCAUAUAGGAAGGCCCUAGAGUUGGAUCCUAACUGUGAGGAGGCUCGUAAUGGUCUCUUGCGAUGCAUGAGUGCCGAACCUGACGAAGAGUCGGCACGUCAACGCGCAGCAAAUGAUCCCGAGAUCCAGGCCAUCCUCAGCGAUCCCGCAAUGCGUCUAAUCCUCAAUCAAAUGAGCGAGGAUCCAAGCGCGUUGCGAGAGCAUCUACAGAAUCCCGAGAUAGCAGAGAAGCUGGCUAAGUUGGUGGACGCAGGAAUUAUUGCACUACGCUAA